CCUGGCACCUAGUGGGCAGAGGAGGCUGAGUGUGAGUGCAGAGGAGAGAGGGCAGAGAUAGAAUGCUGAGGAAGCACAGAAUAGGCUGAGUAUGAGUACAUAGGAACAAAGAGUUUAGAGAGAGUGUAAGUACAGAGGGGGCAGAGAGAGGCUGAGUGUGAGUGCAUAAAAUAGAGUGUAAGAUGAGUGAGAGUACAGAGGAGGAUGAGUACAGGGUAGAGAAGGCAGAGUCUCAAUGUUGAGGAAGCACAGAAUAUCUGAGUAUGAGUACAGAGGAACAGAGAGUGGAGUGUGAGUGCAGAAGGGCAUAGAGCAGGCUGAAUCUGAGUGCAGAGGGCAGAGAGAAGCUGAGUUUGAGUGCAGAAAACAGAGUGUAGGACAAGUAUGAGUACAGAGGGGCAAAGAAAGGCUGCACUCUUUUUCUGAGUGCAGAAAAGAGAGUGUAGGGUGUAGGGUUGCCACCUUUUCUGGAAAUAAAUAUCAGCCUUCCUAUAUAUUUAUCUUUUUUCCCUAUUAAUAACAAUGGGAUCAACCAUCAUUUUUACCGGUUAGGCCGGUAAAAUACCGGCCAAGUGGCAACUAGGGCGAUUGUGAGAACAGGGGGCAGAGAGAGAGGCUGAGUGCAGAAAAAAGAGUGUAGGGCGAGUGUGAGUACAGAGGGGUAGAGAGAGGUGCUGAGUAUAGAAAAGAGAGUGUAGGGUGAGUGUGAGUACACAGGUAAAGCAGGGAGGCUCAUGGGUACCAGGGAAUGUGACUGAUAUGGUUGUGUUGGUAUUGGAGCCACUGUUGUACAGGUGAGGGGAGCACUUGUGUGAUCAUCCAAUAGGAAGUGGGGUGUAUCUGUGUAAUGGGGCUCAUAUAUUUGCAGGGAGGGGAUACGGUUGUAUUUGGGUCAUCGGGAUCAUCAGGGAAGAUGAAGGGAGUGAAGGCUGAGGAUGUUCAUCAUUUCCUACUAAACACGGCCCCAGGUAUAAUGUGAAGCCUGAUGUGGACAUAAUAACUCCUUGCUUGGUGCCCCCCACCUACAAAUUUCUUCCCUUGCCCCACUGCUUACAAUCUGUCAGGAGGACUUGCGACAUCGCCGGGUGUCCAGGAUGGUGGAAGAGGUGCAGAAGAUACUGUUACAAGUGACCUCUGAUAUCAGUAACAGAGAUUCCAGGUUCCACUGUAUCUCCAACGCCGGGAUCCAUAGCGACAGCCUGAAGGAUCAGCCAGAAUUGCUGGCUCAGUGGAUUGCACUCCAAAGGGGAAGGCGCACCCUUCACCCCUGUAUUCAGGUUUUGAGCCCUUCCCAAUUCUUGGUGACUGUUCCCCUUCGGGGUUUAAGUGGUUUCAGACAGAAGAAGACUCGGCGGUGGCGUUACUACUCCCCAAGUGGGACCCAACUCCUUGCACCAGCAAUGGAACCCGAGAAGCUGCACCAGUGGCUGGAGAUAGAGCAGUUCCAAAAGAGCACUCCCCAUUGGCAUGACAAUGAUGUCAACAUCAAGGGGGACCUUGUGCCUGCCCGGAUCAUACAUGUCUUCUUGGAACAUCUUUAUAGGGCGAUCACUUUUUGCAGCCUCUCUGACAAGGUGAAUGUACUGGAGUCCUAUGGCCCUUCCAUCAGGUUGAACGUGGAGACCUCAGAGCAGAUGGUUGAAGUGGAGCUGGUGCCUGUGGUUGAAGUUCCUGGAUACUGGCCUAAAAAAUCUCAGUGGCCUCGUUUCUUUAAACGAUGGCCAUUAAGGGAGAGAGUACAAUGUGUCAAGUCAUUUGGUUUUGACCUCCUGGCUCGAUCAAAUUACCACUGGCAGCUAUCUUUUCUGAGAGGAGAGCGCCUCCUGUUGGAGGCAAUGGAUGACGAUGGUGGGUGCCGGAUGAAGUGCUAUCGGGCUGUUCGUCAGAUGAAGGAAGAUGUUUGGUGCCCAGGGAAUCACCCAGUUAUCAACUCCCAGCAUUUACAGAUGAUUUUCCUUUGGGCCAGUGAGAGGCACCCUUCAGCUAAAGCCUGGAAGGACCUGGGUCGAUGUUUCUUGCGCAUUGUUAGAAGACUCCAGAAAUGCGCCAGGCAACGAUUCCUGCGCCAUUACUUUGUACGAAGGGCAAACCUCCUGAAAUAUGCCGACACAGCUCAGUUGGAUGCCCUGGCUGAUAAGUUGAGCCGCUUCCUUCAGAACCCGUCCUUAGGCCAAGGUGCCUCCUCCGUGUGCUGAUCCUGCCCCAGGACAUUUCCUUCUGUUUAGAUCUUAGGGCCUAAGAUAACAAGUUUGUUUUGGUAACAUAUAUCCCUGUGGUUGUGGAACCACCAACCCGCCUACAAUUCUAGAGGCCAUGUGCUCACACAAUACUGAUGCCUUGAGAAAGGACUACUCCCCUACCCACUCUGUCACCCAGGAGGAACAAGAAUCUAUUAUAUGCCGCUCUUCUGAUGCCCAGAUAUUGCCUACACUUAUAUAGGCCCCUCCUCUUUUAGAUGUACCCUAGAGGAACAAGAAUGUGACCUACACUGGAAAAGGCCACUUCCCUAAUUACUAACUAUUAAUAUGGUUGGGCCUUUCUUUCCACAUGGGCUGCCCUGAAGGAACAAGAAUCCCGCUUACAUUUAUUAAACUGCUCCUGUUCCUCCUGCUAGAGCGGCCCCGGGUGCACAAGAAUGGAAAUCUCACUUCCACCACUUUAUCCUACUCAUCCUCCUCUUUGAAGUAAACACAUAAGCUAAAGUUCUAUACACUUCUCUCCACAAGGGUUACAUGGCCUUCAACACAUUACAUUCAAAUGGAAUAUAUAAGACCAAUCUCUAUCUGUAAGCUCCACCCCUGAGGAACAGGGAUCCUGUUUUUUUUGUCAUACAACUGAUUGAAGAACCUUCUCCACAUGGAAUAACUUGUACAGACUGACACCCUUCUUCCAUUGGCAUGCUUUUAACUGGUGGAUCAUCUGUUACUGCACUAAACUUGUUAUUCUGCUCUCCUAAUUGUAUUCCUUCUUCUCCUGGUACUACCCCACAGUCAAAUAAAUCUCACAUAUAAAAA